UGAACAAAGUCAACUGUCGCAUCUUGUUUGCACGCAAGUGCGGUUUCUGAAAUUUCAGGAUGAACUAUCCAGGGGGAAAUUGGUGACGCAAUUUGUUUUAGAAAAAACGAAGUGGCGACGAAAUCUCAUCCAAUUUCCGAUGGAUAAUCUUGUUGCACAUCAGUUAGUAGCCUUGCUCAUUAAUUUGGUUACGUUUGAGAUCUAUCCGUCACUUAUUCUAUUUAUAGAUGUCCAUGCUUAUCAGUUGCGAAACAAAAGAGUUCUCUAGUAGAUUUUAUUCAGAAGGAAUAAGAACACAGAAAACUAUGGAAUUGUUUCCAUCACUAAUUGAAGCUUUCUUGGCCGGAGUAAUAACACUUUGCAUAUAUUUCUACUCUGUAGCGAAAAUUCGAACCAGUAGCAACCGAAUAAAUAGGAGAAAGUUACCCCCAGAAGCUGCCGGUGGUUGGCCCAUAUUAGGCCACUUCCAUCUUUUAAGAGGUCCCCAACUACUACAUAUAACCCUGGGAAAACUAGCAGAUAAAUAUGGUCCCAUUUUCAGUCUUCGGCUAGGUCGGCACAGACUCGUGAUUGUGAGCAGUAUGGAACUAGCAAAAGAAUGCUUUACUACAAAUGAUGUUACCUUCUCUAACCGGCCGAAAACUGUAGCACUUCAUCACAUGAGCUACAAUUUAGCCAUGUUUCCCUUCAACGAGUAUGGUCCUUACUGGCGCGAUUUGCGUAAGAUUUCUAUGCUGAAGCUGCUUUCCAGUCAAAGGGUUGCGAAACUUAGAGAUGUGUAUGAGUCUGAGGUGAAGGCAAUGAUAAGUUCAGUCUAUGUUUCAUAUGGGAUGCCUAUAGAUAUGAAGAACUAUUUUGGGGAGCUGACUCUGAACUUGAUGGUUAGAAUAAUAGCAGGGAAUAUAGAAAAAAAAAUUGAUUUGUUUGAAAGGGAUAAGUGGCAAAAGGAAAUAAGAGAAUUCUUCCAGAAGAUAGGAAGGUUUACUUUAUCUGAUGUGCGACCAUUUUUGAAGUGGUUGGACUUCGAGGGACUAGAAAAUGAUAUGAAGAAGACAGCUAAAGCCAUGGACAGUUUGUUACAAACAUGGCUAGAGGAUCAUAAAAGGAAAAAGAAUUCAGCUAUUAAUGGUGCAAAUAAUGAACAAAUGGACUUCAUGGGCGAGUUGCUUCGUGUUAUCGAUUCUGUUGCUGUCGAGUUCCCAGAGUUUGAUGCUGAUACAAUAAUCAAAGCAACAUGUCAGACAAUGAUGCUAGCAGGAACUGAUACAAUGUCAGUAACUCUUACAUGGACUCUAUCCUUACUACUCAACAAUCGCCACACUCUUAGAAAGGCCCAAGAAGAAUUAGACCUUCAUGUUAGUAGAGGAAGGCAAGUUCAAGAAUCAGACGUUAACAACUUAAUAUACAUUCAAGCCAUAAUCAAGGAAACAUUACGCCUAUACCCUCCAGCACAGACACCUCCACCGCGAGAAUCUCUAAAAGACUGCAUAGUAGGUGGAUACCACAUCCCGAAAUCCACACACCUUUAUGUAAACCUGUGGAAAAUUCAUCGCGACCCUGUUGUGUGGCCUAACCCUUUGGAGUUUCGACCGGAAAGAUUCAUUACUACUCACAAGGAGUUGGAUGUUAGAGGACAACAUUUUGAGUUUCUUCCAUUUGGUAGUGGCAGAAGAAUGUGUCCCGGAAUAGGCUUUGCCCUUCAAAUUGUUACUUUUACUCUGGCUAGUCUUUUGCAUGGUUUUGAUAUUAGUACUCCAUCAGAUGAAGCAGUUGAUAUGACUGGGAUCUUUGGUCUCACCAACCCUAAAGCUACUCCACUUGAAGUUGUCUUCACUCCAAGAUUAUCACCUCUUCUUUAUGGAUGAGGAUCCUAUAUAUGUUUAUCCAGUAGGCAAAAAAGCAACUAUUGUGUACUAAUGUAAUGUAUUGUAUUAAUUAUAUUGAACGAUUACCACUUAAA